GACACUCGACAAAAACAGAAUGGCGACUGGUGGUACAGCUGAGGUUCUAGGGAAGAUUGGCGAGCGUCAUCUAGAAUGCUCCAUUUGCUCGACCCGUUUCAAUGCACCCAAAUUUCUUGACUGUUUGCAUACUUUUUGCUUCAACUGUCUCCAAAACCUUAGACAGGGUGAAGAUCCCCAAGGUGUCAAACUGAAAUGUCCCCUGUGUAGACGUGAAACAAUCCUGGGAAAAAACGGAGUUGAAGAUUUACCCACUAAUCUCACUCUGAGUGCCUUAGUGGAGGAGUUUACAGUACAGGAACAGCUUCUAAAAGGUCAAGGGUCAGAGAUCAAAUGUCAAAGCUGUGAUGAGCAAAAACAUGCCUCUUCAUUUUGUGUGGAAUGUUGUCAUUUCUUAUGUCAAGAUUGCUAUCGGGCACAUGAACGUCUUGCAAUAACAAAAUCUCAUAAAACUUACACGAUGGCUCAACUUCAAUCAGGAGAAGUUGCUUACAAGAGUAAACUAAGAAAAGAACCAAAAUGUGACAAACAUGUAGAUCAGAAUCUCAAUGUUUACUGCAAAACAUGUGAGACGUUAAUAUGCACAACUUGCUCUGUUCUGAAGCAUGAAAAGCACUCUCGUACUGAAAUAUCUAAAACUUUUGAAGAAUGCAAACAAAAAAUUGCAAAACUGAUGACAGAGGGUGAAGAGAAGAAAGCCACACUGAGCAAUGCACAUGUUUGCAUAGUCAAGUCUCGCCAGAAACUGGACAGCAUGUUUGAAGCCACCAUCGAGAAGAUCUCUCAAAAGGCUGACAAGGAGGUUGCAAGGAUCAGGAAAAUGGAGCAGGGGACCAGAGAAACAGAGCAGAAACUCAAGAAAGAAGCUGAAGAAAUCUAUGAAGACAGGGUACAGAGGUUCGAGACUACUAUAAACAGCAAUAAAGAACAGAUUAAAGAAGUAGAGCAGACACUGGAUGAGGUCUACAAAAUCAUGAAAGAAGAAAUUCAGACUCAGAUUUUAGAUCUCCAAGCAAAACUCUUUCAAAACCUCAAGGAACUGAUAAAAAAACAGUCGAAGACUGUGCCUGAAAAGUUGCACUUCAUUGACUUUCAAGAACGUGAUGAGAAGACACUUGGAAGAUUAUUUCUCAAAGAUGAAUGGAGACUGGAGAAACAAAUGGCUUACGAAACCAAUUCUGUUGCAGGUUUCUCCAAUGAAGUAGUCACAGUUGAAAGGUAUCAAGGGAAACUGGUGAGUCAUGUACCAACAAGCAACCCCCAAUCCCCCUUUUUAUUCCGAAAGCUAGAGAUACCCGAUCUAAGGAGGCCACAGCAAGUGGCGGUCAACCGAUUGGACCAGCUCAUCAUAAUUAAUGGUCGUGUAGUCAAGACCUUCAACAGAGAAUAUCAGCUUCUCCAUCAGUUCCAGCUAGAAAGCGGGUUUAACCACAGACCGACCUGCCUGGCGGUGGAUGACAACAAUCAGAUAGCAGUGGGCUACCAGGUCAUGCAAGAGAUCAGCCUACACAGGUCAUACGGAACCCUCCUCAAGAAACUACCAGCGCCAGGGAUCAGUGAUCAACUGGCCAUCAGCAACCAGCAUCUCAUCUACAUCAAACUCUAUGAGGGUAAAAUGGUUGCACUAGAUUACAAUGGUAACAAAGCAUUUGAGGUAGAUGUAAAGGGCCCCAAGAGUGUUUGUUGUGACAGUCAAGGCAACAUUUACAUACUAGUAUCCACACCGCACAUUGACCAACAGAACAUUAAAAUCUUCAGUCCUGAUGGACAAAAAAUGGGAUACCUACCGGUAUCCAACACUGAUGACCUUCCACGUUAUGCACUUUGCAUGGCCUUCACACCUUCAGGUGAUCUAGUGAUAGGUACAUAUGAUAUGUUACGAAUCUUUCAACGAGUUUAAAGACUUCCAAACUUCAU